AUGGCUAUUGCUGGAGCCCAACGGAAGCAGGUGUUGAAGGUGUUGAUGCUCUCGCUGGUGAUAGAUCUGAUUUCCUUCACAUUUAUUUUACCGCUCUUCCCGUCCCUGUUAUCAUUUUAUCGCGCGCAAGAUCCAUCCCCGCAUUCCCUCCUUAACCGCAUCUUCCACUAUCUAAACGCCUAUAAGAACUCGUUCGCGCGCCCCAUUGACUCCCGAUAUGAUAUUGUACUACUCGGCGGAGCCCUCGGGUCUUUGUUCUCUCUCCUCCAAGCUUUUGCCGCGCCCGCCAUAGGCCGCCUCUCCGACCGCCAUGGCCGCCGUCGCGCCCUGCUCAUCUCUAUGCUGGGAAACCUGUUGAGCGUUGCACUUUGGGUGUCAGCCAAGGACUUUCGGACUUUCCUUGCCAGCCGCAUCGUCGGUGGCCUGAGCGAGGCAAAUGUACAGAUGGCCAACGCCAUCGUGGCGGAUAUCACAGACGAGAAGCACCGCGGGUCCUCCAUGGCAUUGGUCGGGGCUUGCUUCAGUGUCGCAUUUACUUUCGGCCCAGCCCUAGGCGCAGCGCUCAGUACCAUUCAUUUAGUUGCCGAGAAUCCUUUCAUCGUCGCUGCCAUUGUGUCUUUGGUCCUGACCGUUAUCGAGACUGUGUAUCUCUGGGCUUGUUUGCCGGAAACGCAUCCCCGCUUGACGAAGCUUCAGAUUGAGAGUGAAGACACCGCUACGGAGAAACGUGAUGGGUCUAGUACGAAAAUCCGAGUGAAGGACAACGCUGCCGCUAAGCGGGCCUAUACAAACAGCCCGGCCUUGCUCAAUGCCCUCCAUUUCCUCUUCCUCCUCCCCUUCUCUGGUCUCGAAUUCUCUCUCCCCUUCUUGACCACGACCCUCUAUGCGGGGACAGCCACGACAACUAGCCCUGCCGCAUUAAAUGGACGCCUCCUGUCCCUGAUGGGCUUGAUCGCCUCCCUCCUUCAGGGUACGCUGGUGCGCCGUCUCCCACCGCUGAUGUCUCUUCGCGCCGGUGUUGUAGCCUGUGCCAUCUCUUUCUUUUGUCUUGCCCAUGUUUCUUCGCCCAUGGGUCUCUAUGCUGCCGGCGCUCUGCUGGCCGUGACAACAGCUACUGUUGUCACAUCACUCAACAGCUUGGGUAGCUUCGAGGCGCGAGACGCAGAUCGUGGUGCGGUCAUGGGUCGCUUACGUGGGUGGGGCCAGGCUGGAAGGGCAACUGGUCCCAUCUUGUUCUGCUCUCUGUUUUGGUGGGCGGGUCGUGAGACUGCAUACACUGCAGGUGGCUUUGCCAUGUGUGUCGUUGCAGUUGUAGCUUUUGGAUUCUUGAAGUCACCGGCUGUGCACAAAAAGACCGAGUAA